AUGCACUAUCUGUCGCUUCCGGCGUCAUCACCCGCGUUUGUCCACGAGCUGCUCGGGCAGCUCACUGUCAAGACGUCUUCCUCAAAGAAGAGAAGGCUUGCCCGUCCGCCGCCCUCGACCAAGCAGGUAUUGGACGCUCCAGCUUCGCCAUCCCCCGACUCGGCCCUGCCCUCGUGUGAAGUUGAACCCGACGACGAUCCUGUCCUGUCCUUCUCUGCCGAACUCAGCUCUGUAAUUGCUUCCCGCGAGCCCGAGGCCCCUCGUUAUCUUCUCCGUUCAGAGGCGCUGCCUGUUGCAACCGCCUCGAGCCUCCCCCCGCGGUUGCAACACACCCACGCCGCCUCCCUCGUCUCGACCGACUACGCCUCCUCGACCGCAUCCUCGCCCUGUGCCUCGGCCUACGCUGAGCUUUCUCUCGAGAGCGACAGAGGAGGGGACGAGACUGGCUCUGCACGGAACCCAGGCAGAAGCCAGUCUCCCUUUGUUGUCCCAAGGAGGGCCAUGAUGAAUGGCGACGCCGACCUGCCGCAACGAUCUUCCUCGCCAUUAAAACGAAGAGCCUCCAGCAUGGAUCCCGACGCUGCUCCGUCCAAGAACGGCACCACCAUGGACACGGAUGCCUCUCAGCCCAGCCAGCAAAUAGAUCCAUCCUCCACUGAAUUUCCCCGCGCAAUGAGCGUCGAUGCCCCCGAUGUAAACGGCCACGAAGCCUCCCUGUCUCAACCAUUUGCCGAAGCUCCCCCGCAAGAAGGCAGUGUAGCCUAUCUAGUUUCGAGAACCUGGGUCGAUAAAGCCCUUUCUUUACGGACCGGCUCCAAACCUGCCGCAGCUGGCGCCGAAAGUAUCUCCUUGGGGCCGGUUGACAAUACAGACAUUAUCCAGGAGACAAUCAAAGACUCGAGCGGCAGGGAUUUUGUGCGUCUCAUACCUGGCUUGGGCAACGAGUCCUUCGAACUAUUUCCGGAGGAUGCUUGGAAAAUGGUCAUGGAUUGGUAUGGCAUAAAGGAAGGACAGCAGCCUAUUGCUCGCAUUGCUGUGAACACUGCGGAUAGCAAACAAGCGCCGCCCAACAUUCUCUAUGAGUUUCACCCACCCAUCUUUCACGUACAUCGACUAUGGUCCGAUGUCAGCACCGUUCCUAUUGAACAGUCUCUCAAGGCCAAGAAUCCACCUCCUCUAAUCGUCGCAAGGAGCUCCACUACACAUGCUCAGAGCUUCCUCAGGGAGAUCAAGACCCUUGCCGGUGUAGGCCUGGAGCGCAAGGUACGAUUGUUCACUAUUCCGGCCUCUGCGCAAGUGACUAGACAAGAGACCGAUGCUGCGUCAGCACUCACCCCUCCCGAUUCACCUGGAAGAUCUCGUGGUGGAAAUGAGAACCAGUCUGUUUGGCCUACAUUGCUCGUCGACGUUGUCUCCUUCUCGAAGGUUAGAGAUAUAAGAGUCUCUGUGCCGCUCAUCGACCACACUGCCGACGACAAGUUCAACGGACAGUCGACCUUGCAACAUUACGAGUUGACAACGGACCAGACCUUGGUUCUGGAUGAGGCUAUUGGAAACUCUUAUGUGAGCAACUACACCGGCCGGAUGAAGGCGGCUGACAAGCCCACACCAUCGCGCCUUUUGGGAAGCACAAUCUCCUCAAAGACCAGCAGCAAUCGAAGCAGUCCCGUAUUCGACGGCCCCAUGACUCGAGGCCGUGUGCAAAAGAAGCGACAUGGGAGAAGCAUCGGUGCCGUCGGUCUACACAACCUGGGCAACACUUGCUAUAUGAACUCUGCUUUGCAAUGUGUUCGAAGCGUCGAGGAGCUCACCAAGUAUUUCUUGACUGAGUCCUAUUUCACCGAAAUUAACAAAACCAACGUGCUAGGCUUCGAGGGCAGAGUGGCCAUCGCCUACGGUAAUCUCCUCAGAGAAGUCUACGAGGAAGGUCGCGGUUCUGUAAGUCCACGAGACUUCAAAUCAACUGUCGGACGUUGCCGUCCCACCUUUUCCGGAUGGAGCCAGCAGGAUUCCCAGGAAUUCUUGGGAUUUUUGCUCGACGCCCUUCAAGAAGAUCUGAGCAGAAUCAAGAAGAAGCCCUACAUCGAAAAGCCCGACUCCACUGACGACAUGAUCAACAAUCCUGAAGCCAUCAAAGAGAUGGCUGAUAAAGUAUGGGAUAUCACCUGUCGCCGGGAUGAUUCCGUCAUUGCGGACCUCUUCACUGGCUUAUACAAGUCAACACUGAAAUGCCCCGAGUGUGGCAAGAUUAGUAUCACCUUUGAUCCUUUCAACAAUCUGACCUUGCCGCUGCCACUGGAGAACAUGUGGUCAAAGUCGGUAAAAUUCUUCCCACUCAACGACGCCCCCGUGAAGAUCGAGGUCGAGUUAUCAAGACACAGUUCCAUGGAGUCGUUGAAGCAGUUCAUUUCGGUCAGAACUGGUGUUCCAGUGGAACGCCUGAUGGGUGCUGAGGAAUUCAAGGAUCGAUUCUUUAAAAUCUAUGACAACACCCAGGACGUAUCUGAGGAGAUUCAGUCCUCGGAUACGCCAACGAUUCACGAAUUGGAAGCUGUUCCUACCAACUGGCCGAGUAAGAAACCACAUAAAAAGUAUCGGUCCAUGUUGGAUAUCGAUACGCCCCCAGAGUCAGCAGAGUGGAGCGAGGAGGAAUGUCAUACAAUGGUCGUCCCAGUCCUUCACCGGAGACCGCAAAUUCCCGGUCGUGGUCCAGAGGGUAUUUCACCACCUCACUUUAUUACCCUGACAAGAGAACAGGCAUCCGACUACGACGUCAUCAAGCGCAAGAUCUUGCAGAAGGUUGCCACAUUCUCUACGUGGUCCAAGUUCAAGGACACUCAGGAAUCUGAUGCGUCCGACGGUGUCGACGCAGACUUGGUCAUCACUACAGCCUCAGACGCUGACUCUUCAGGCGACAGCAAGAUUAUCAGCAACUCCGUUGAGGGUGAAGACGAUAUGGUCGAUAUCACGAUGAGAGACGCAGUCGACAAUAUUAGCAAUCGUGCCACUAUCUCUCCAAUCACGCAACCGACAAUCCUCAAGCAGUUCAACACGAAGGCGCCAAAAUUUGCCGACCCUGCAAACUUCCUGAAUCCAGAACUUCAGAACCUCUUUGACCUUUGCUACUUCAAGAAUGACACUGACGGGCCCGUCCCAACUGGAUGGUCCAAUGUUGAUAACACUAGGACGCUGCCCAGGCUUGCCGAUCGAAUUCCCGAACCCAGGGUGAAAGAUGGCGAUGCAUCCAGUCCUGGCAGCUCUAACAGUACAGGCUCCGGCAACGAGGAGAGCGGUGACGAGGAUGAAGCCACACCAGAGUCCACUCAGACGCGGAUGAUUGAGGAAUCCCCCCCCCUUUAUCUUUUUAAGGGGCACAAAGGAUACGGCAAGAAGGGCAAUAAAAGACGGGACAAGCAAACCCGAGCAAGCAAACUAUCGCAAAGGGCGAAUAUCGUUGCCCCUCAGCCCAUGCCCCCUGCCGUUUCUGACGGCGGGCCCUUAAUACGCCUCUUCGAGGGCAUCGUUGUUGACUGGACUGAGGAUGCCUGGGACGCCGCCUUUGGUAAUAACACAAACAAGCCAGAUCCUGCCCGGGGAUCCAGGACGUUUGUAGAUGUCCAGACUCUCCACGAUCCGGCUUUGAAGAUUACUCAGCGACGACGUGUCACACGCAAAACCCGCGGCAUCACCCUCGAAGAGUGUCUGGAUGAGUUUGAGCGAGCAGAAAUCUUGUCUGAGCAAGACAUGUGGUACUGUCCUCGCUGCAAGGAGCACCGACGCGCCAGCAAGAAGUUCGAUCUGUGGAAGACUCCCGAUAUUCUAGUGGCUCAUCUGAAGCGGUUCAGUAGUUCCGGCUGGCGUCGCGACAAGCUUGACGUUCUUGUUGACUUCCCGAUUGAAGGCCUGGACCUUACAUCCAGAGUGAUUCAAAAGGAAGAUGGCAAGGCCGAGAUUUACGAUCUGAUCGGAGUCGAUGACCAUUAUGGUGGUCUCGGCGGUGGUCACUACACGGCAUAUGCCAAGAAUUUUGUAGACGGGCGGUGGUACAACUACAAUGAUUCAUCUGUCCACGUGGUAUCGGAUCCCACGUCUGUCAUCACUUCUGCAGCAUAUCUGCUGUUCUACCGUCGUCGUAGCAGCGGGCCGCUAGGAGGCCCGCGAUUCAAGGAAAUCUUUGACAAGUUCGACAAGGAGUCGGUCCAUUCUGACAACGAAGCGACAGAAUCUGGCGAAGAGGUCAUGACGCAACGAUCAACCAAGACGACAGUAACUCCGUUGACAGGGAUGGAUGAUGACGACGACGAGCUGCCUAUAUACGACGGCAACACUAUCCGUCGUAGCAUUGAGGACGAGGGAAACUAUCACUCCGGAUCCAAGGGGGCCCUGGACAUGACUCAAAGCUGGAGCUUCACAAGCCUGAACGGCAACGGCGUAAAUGGCAAUAGGGACACAGACUGUGCCAGUGACGAUGCGCAGUUUGACUCAUCAGGCGAUGACAGGAGCAAGGCACUUUCCGAACAAGACACGGAUAUGGCGUCGGCGGCCCCAUUCGAAGAGGGCGCCUCAUGGGAUGAGCAGGGGGUUAUAUCUGUGCCAGCAGAUGGGGCUGGAGAAGGAGCGUCGGAGGAAGUAACCGAGAUCCAUCUCGAGGGAGACAAGAUGACACGCAGCGCCUAG